AUGGUGAAUACCAAAUUCCUUCAACUUAUAGCAAAAUUUAUUGCAAUUCUAUGCCUUCUAAUGCAUGGACACGUUCUAUGCAAUGGAGGGUUAAACUCUCAGUUCAUAGCCAGUGAAGCAGAGGCUCUUCUUGAGUUCAAGGAAGGCUUCAAAGACCCUUCAAAUCUUUUAUCUUCAUGGAAACAUGGAAAGGAUUGUUGCCAGUGGAAAGGAGUAGGAUGUAACACAACCACAGGUCAUGUUAUCUCCCUUAAUCUCUAUUGUUCUAAUUCCUUAGAUAAACUUCAGGGUCAGUUAAGUUCAUCUUUGCUCAAAUUGCCAUAUUUAAGUUAUUUGAACCUUAGUGGCAAUGAUUUCAUGCAAUCCACAGUGCCUGAUUUUCUAAGUACUAUGAAAAAUUUAAAACAUCUUGACCUAUCUCAUGCCAAUUUUAAGGGGAACCUCUUAGAUAAUCUUGGAAACCUUUCUCUACUUGAAUCACUUCAUUUGAGUGGCAAUAGUUUCUAUGUCAAUAAUCUAAAAUGGCUUCAUGGACUUUCUUCCUUGAAAAUUCUUGAUUUAAGUGGUGUUGAUCUUAGUCGUUGUCAAAAUGAUUGGUUUCAUGACAUCAGAGUGAUACUUCAUUCUCUUGAUACAUUGCGUUUAUCGGGUUGCCAACUUCACAAACUACCUACGUCUCCUCCACCAGAAAUGAAUUUUGAUUCUCUUGUAACCCUUGAUCUGUCUGGCAAUAAUUUCAAUAUGACUAUCCCUGAUUGGUUGUUUGAAAAUUGUCAUCACCUUCAAAACCUUAAUCUCUCAAAUAAUAAUUUACAAGGUCAAAUUCCAUAUUCAAUUGAGAGGGUGACAACUCUUGCAACACUUGAUCUGUCAAAAAAUAGUCUCAAUGGUUCAAUACCAAAUUUCUUUGACUGGCUAGUGAAUCUUGUAGCACUUGAUCUAUCAUAUAAUAUGCUCAGUGGCUCAAUACCUUCCACAUUGGGACAAGAUCAUGGCCUAAAUAGUUUGAAAGAAUUGCGUCUUUCUAUUAAUCAACUAAACGGAUCAUUGGAAAGAAGCAUUCACCAGUUAUCAAAUUUGGUUGUGUUGGACUUAGCUGGAAACGAUAUGGAGGGAAUUAUCAGUGAUGUUCAUUUAGCUAACUUCAGCAACCUCAAAGUGUUGGACCUAUCUUUUAAUCAUGUAACUUUGAACAUGAGCGAAAAUUGGGUCCCUCCUUUCCAACUUGAAAUUAUAGGUUUGGCCAAUUGUCAUUUGGGCCAUCAAUUUCCACAAUGGAUUCAAACUCAGAAGAAUUUCUCCCAUAUUGAUAUCUCAAAUACAAGUGUCGGUGAUACUGUGCCAAAUUGGUUUUGGGAUUUGUCACCUAAUGUUGAGUAUAUGAACCUCUCCUGCAAUGAACUGAAAAGAUGUAGACAAGAUUUUUCUGAAAAAUUCAAACUUAAAACACUUGACUUGAGCAAAAAUAAUUUCUCAAGUCCCUUGCCUCGUUUGCCUCCUUACUUGAGGAAUUUGGAUCUGUCCAACAAUUUAUUUUACGGAAAAAUUUCACAUGUGUGUGAGAUUUUGGGUUUCAGUAACUCAUUGGAAACUUUUGACUUAUCUUUUAAUGAUUUGUCAGGAGUCAUCCCAAAUUGUUGGACAAAUGGGACAAACAUGAUUAUUCUGAAUCUGGCUAGAAACAAUUUUAUUGGAUCAAUUCCUGAUUCCUUUGGUAACCUCAUAAAUCUCCACAUGUUGAUAAUGUACAACAAUAAUCUCUCUGGAAGAAUUCCAGAGACACUAAAAAAUUGUCAAGUGAUGACUUUAUUGGAUUUACAGUCGAAUCGAUUAAGGGGGCCUAUACCAUAUUGGAUUGGUACUGACACAUGCAAAUCUUAG